AUGUUCAAUGUUUCCCUGCCAAACCAGUACUACCCCGAAACAUGGGUUAUCAGACAGUCCACCUACCAUGGCCAGAAGUAUGAUGGAACUCCUGUCCUACCUCAUUACCCAAUGAAUCAGUUCGCAGACGAGCAAGCAUAUGUCUUUCCAGCUUGUGCCCAUAGGAGCCGAGUGCCACAGUAUGUAUCACCACUCCUAUGUGCCACUUUAAUGAUUGAUGAAGGCACGAAAUCAGAGGCGGCUUGCAUCCAAUGUCUUGCGCCCAUAGGUUCUGGUUGGCAACUCCCAGAUCAAAUCCAUUUGAUCGAUUGUGUCACAAGUCAGAUGGGUCACACUAUGGCUGAAGAGAACACAUCAUUCGCUGUUGAUGCCUUCAUCGAAAAGUUGGCCAUGCAUGUCAACCCAGGGCCUAGCAGCAGCGCGCUUGCCAAUCGUUGUGGGUGGGAGGAAGGACCACCCUCCAUCAGUAAUGCAGUGUUGGGUCAACACCCUCUUGCACACGAAUCCCUUACCCCAUCCAUGACCAGAUCAGCAUUGUUAAACAAUAAGUCAGAAGAGCGCGACCUGUCUGUCAUCGAGGAAAUGCACGACAUUUUGAGAACCACAGGUGCCAUCAAUCUCUUCCAAUUCAUUGUCAAUCCCACCAGCUUCACCCAAUCAGUGGAAAAUCUAUAUUAUAUGUCAUUCUUGAUCUGA